GUCCCCGGACCCCGCUCCGGCCCGCGGGUAUCUCCGAGGCUGGGAUGCGGCCCUCGGCACCGGUUCCGGCUUUCAGAUUAACUCGAGGCACCCUGCGCUGGGCGCGAUGAGGACCCCGGAGAACCUGGAGGAGGCCGCUGGCCCGCGGAACGCUCGCGGCACCCCCCAGGGCAGGUACCUCUACCUGGAAGCGCUGCUGCAGGGGGGCGCGCCCUGGGGCUUUACUCUCAAGGGCGGCCUGGAGCGCGGGGAGCCGCUGAUCAUCUCGAAGAUUGAAGAAGGGGGCAAAGCGGACUUGGUGAGCUCCAGACUGCGGGCCGGGGACGAGGUGGUGCACAUCAACGAGGUUGUGCUGAGCAGCUCCAGGAGGGAGGCCGUUUCCUUGGUGAAAGGAUCCUACAAGACCCUCAGGCUGGUGGUACGCAGAGAUGCAUGUGCAGCCCCGGGCCCCGCGGGCGCCGGCACGUCUGACUGCAGCCCGGAGCCCCCGGCCUCCCGCCCCCAGCACAGGAAAGCCGCGUGGUCCGGAGAGGCUAAGCGGAGACCGAAGCACAGGCGCAGUGACCCUGCAGGCCGACCUCACUCUUGGCAUUUAACCAAAUUUGGCGAGAACCAACCAGAUGCCAGCAUGAUGCAGAUAACUCGGGGCACGAUCGGCACUCCUUGGCCCCAGAGAUACCAUUCCAGCUCUUCUACCAGUGACCUCUCCAACUUUGACCAUGCUUAUCUGAGGCCAAGCCCUGACCACUGCAGCUCCCAGGGGAGCAUGGAGAGCCUGGAGCCCGGCGGGGGCUACCCACCCUGCCACCUUCUUUCCCCUGCCAAGUCCACUAGCAGCAUCGACCAGCUCGGCCACCUCCACAGCAAGAGAGACUCGGCGUACAGCUCCUUCUCCACCAGUUCGAGCCUCCUGGAGUACCCGCCUGCUGGCCUCCCAGGCCGGGAGCGGUCGGGCUCCGUGGACGCCACUGCUGCUCGCGGUGCCCUCCUGGAAGGGAUGCGGCAGGCGGACGUCCGCUAUGUCAAGACGGUCUACGACCCCCGGAGGGGGGUGUCGGCUGAGUACGAGGUGAACUCUUCAGCCCUGCUUCUCCAAGGUAGGGAGGCACGGGCAUCUGCAGACGGUCGGGGCUGCGAUAAAUGGCAUCACGUUCCCCGGGGCAAGGGAGCGGCCCCCUCUUCCUGGAGCCAGCCAGGCCCCAGCGCCCCGGAGACGGCCACUGCCAACCUGCCUCCUAAGGUGGGCGCACCCCUGCCCCCGGCUCGCAGCGACAGUUACGCAGCCUUUCGGCAGCGAGAACGGCCCAGCUCUUGGUCCAGCCUUGAUCAGAAGCGGUUCUGCCGGCCCCAGGGAAGCCCCGCGGGCCCCCCGAAGUCCCCCUUCCUGGAGGAGCAGCUGUGUCCCGUGCCAGAGCGGAGUCCGGAGAGCAGCCCCCCCGCGCAGCCCAAGCACAGUUACCCCCCGAAGGCGCAGCCCGGCCAGCCUCUGCUGCCCACCGGCGUCUACCCCGUGCCUUCUCCGGAGCCGCACUUCGCCCAGGUACCGCGGCCCUCGGUCAGCAGCGGCGGCUCCCUCUACCCGGCACUGGCCAAGGAGAGCGGGUGCGCGGCUCCUUCCGGGGCCUGUGACAGGAUGGCCCCCCUCGACCAGAACGGGAACCACGACGCGUCUAACAGGCCUGGGUUUGCCUUCUACCAGCCUCUAGAACACGAUUUCGUGCCCCCGGUAGAGAGGAAACCUGAAACUUCCACCAAAUAUGUCCCCUACAAAGCACACUUCCCUUCGGUACCUGAAAACGAGGAGGAGGUCACCCCGGAGAGGCCGGUCACUCCUCUCGGAGGCGACAGCCCGCAUCCCGGCGAGAGAAGGAGCGCUCACAGCAGCAAACCGUCUUCUAAUUUCCACAGCCUCAGAUGCCCUCAGGCCUGGCACGUGGGUGAAGACCAGAGACCUGCCCGGCCCCCAGAGCCCUGGGAGGCUGAUCUCCAUGAAGACCACAGCGCCAGCCUGCCGCGGGGGCUGGAGAGGGACAGCCUCGGCCCGAGCCCGUCCAGCAGCUUUGGCAGGACCCAGUCAGCCUUUUCCUCUCUCCAGAACAUUCCUGAGAGUCUAAGAAGGCAAAGCAGCUUGGAGCUAGGACGGGGAGCCCGGGAGGGCUACCUGGAGGGCUGGUCUACCUCUGUACUCAACAGCAAGGCAGAAGACUCCGGAAGGAGAGCUGUUCCUGAGCACACGAGCCACCUGGACAGGCCGGUGUCCUACCCAAGGCCCGAGGCCAGACCCAGUGCGGUGGCCUCUUUCCCGGGCGCAGACCCGAGCUGUGAGGACCCGCCCUCCCCGCCUCACCUGCAGCCCGGCGGUCUGGGCAGGCGGCUCAGCUCCGGCGGCACCUGCGCCCCGCAGGGCUCUCAGCACGGGAGAGCCCCCUGCUCGGUGCUCGAGAAGGUUUCCCAGAUCGAGCGGCGCGAGCACGGCGGCCCGAGGGUCCCCGGCGCCAGCGGCUCUGGCUACGGCCACAGCAGGACGCUUGCGACUCCGAAUUCUCUGGGGCAGGACUUUGAGGAGCCGAAAGGCCGCGUCCGUCCGUCUGACUCCGCCGACCCCACGGGCAACGGGGAGCAGCACUCCAAGCCCCACGAGCCGAAGCCGGGCGAGGCCUCGGGGCAGCCGCAGGGGCAGCCGCGGCGGAGGGGCGCGGAGGGCGGCCGCGGUCCCCGGCCCGCAGGCGGCGAGCCCCCGCGCCGGGACCCCGCCCUGCCCCGCAGCCAGAGCACCUGUCAGCUUCGCAGCGAGGCGGGGAGGGAGCCCGGCUGGCCCGAGCCGAGGCCCGGCAGCCCCGAGUGGCCGGCGCCCGACGCCCCCUUCAGCCGCGCCUACCGGAACAGCAUCAAGGACGCGCAGUGCCGGGUCCUGGGGGCCACCUCGUUCCGGCGCCGCGACCUCGAGCUGGGGACCCCCGCCGCGUCGAGACCCUGGCGCCCGCGGCCCGCCUCGGCGCACGUGGGGCUGCGGAGCCCGGAGGCGGCGGCCUCCCCGCACACCCCUCGGGAGCGGCACAGCGUGACCCCGGCCGAGGGCGACCCCGCCCGCCCCGCCGCCCUCGCCGCCCGGAGGGGGCCGCGCCGGCGCCUGACGGCGGAGCAGAAGAAGCGCUCGUACUCGGAGCCCGAGAAGAUGAACGAGGUGGGCGUCGCGGAGGAGGCGGCGCCGGCGCGGCUGAGCCCUCGGCGGCCGGGGCUGCGCCUCCCCGAGAGCUCCGUGGCCGACCGGCGCCGCGUGUUCGAGCGCGACGGCAGGGCCUGCUCCGCGCUCUGCCUGUCGGGCCCCGAGCUGAGGCAGUUCCAGCAGAGCGCCCUGGCCGACUACGUGCAGCGCAAGACCGGCCAGCGGCCCCCCUGCGCCGCGGGCUGCGGCCUCCAGGAGCCGGGGCCGCCGCGGGAGCGCACCCAGGGCGCCCACGCGCAGCCCGGCCUCGCCCCGGCCACCAGCCUCUGCUCGCUGCGGGAGCCCCCGCCGCAGCCCCGCAGGGAGGCCGCCCCCCUGCCGGCCACGGCGCCCGGGGCCGCGGGGGACACCGCGCGGGGCCCCCGAGACCGCAGCGGCUCCUUCGCUGGGGGCCGCCUCCCGGGGGAACGGCGACGCGGGGACCAGGCCCCGAGGGAGCAGCUCGGCGGAGCCAGUCACUGUGGACCGAAGGGCGCCCAGAGGGUGGACAGGACCCCUGGGGAGCCCUUUUUGUGGGGAGCCGCGGCCAAGCGGGCUGGGAAGUCCAUGUCCGCAGAGGACCUGCUGGAGCGCUCCGACAGCCUGGCCGUGCCCGUCCACGUGAGAUCGCGGUCCUCUCCCACCGCGGACCAGCGCCAGGAUGUGGUUUUGGGGGAAAACAACAGCUUUGGUCUCAUGAAGGAUCCGUGUUAUUCGGCUGCCCCUGGGUCCAGGUCGCUCGGUUGCUCCGAAAGAGGCGGGGAGGACAUGCCGUUGCUCAGACUCCAUCCUAGCCCUCGCUGGGGUGGUCCGGGCUACAAAGCUGUUGGCGGAGCCUCUGUUCCCAGCAAGUGUCCCAGACCCCUGGACCCGCAGAGGCAGGCUAGCAGAACAACGCCUUGCCCGGGGCCGGUGCCCACAGGAGUGCCGGGGCAUCUCACAGACCCCAGGGCCGCACCCCUGACCCCACUGGGCUCGGCUCUGCCGUCCCCUGUUCCCUUGAGCUCGCGGGCUGCGGCCGAUGAGCCUGCUGGAAGGGACGGUCAGGCAGGGCCACAGCCUCUCCCGCCCCACACGCUGGCGGCGACCCACAGGAGCAAUGGUCACAGCCCGGUGCAGCCUGCGCGUCCCAGAGGCCACGAGCCCGACAGCCCAGAGGAGGCGACCAGGAGGCGGGUCUCCCAGCCUCCGCGGCCCGCCCCGCCCCGCGUGAAGUGGGCCCCCGCGGCCCCGCAGGACGGCCUCCCCGAGGCCUCGCCGUCCCCCGAGUGUGCAAGCCCGCAGCGCCACAAAGCACAGCGGGCCCCUCCGAGCUCGGGCAGCGGCCCUGACGACACGCCGCUCGGAGCCCCGAGCACUCCGGGGAGGAUCUCCCUCCGGAUAUCGGAGUCCGCCCUGCAGGCCGCCCCCCCACCGCGGGAGGACUACGAUGACGACGUGUUUGUGAGGGACUCGGACCCCAGGGCCGCCUCCUGCCCCACGUUUGAGCUGCCCCCACCCCCGCCGCCUGCACGGAGCCAGGACACCGCAGCGGACGGCUUGGACGACUUUCCCCCACCUCCUCCCCAAGCUGUGUGCGCGGCGGCGCCGGGCAGUGAGGCUCCCACGGGGCCGCGUCCCAGCUCCAGCAAAUUCGCCGAGGUGACCGUUGCCAAGGAAAGGUCCAUUCCCAGUACAGUCCAUUCGGCCGGCUGGCAGACACCGGCUUCCGGAUCCCAAACUUCUGUCAAGGGUUCAGAGGCCAACGGGACCAACCCCCCUUCCAGCACGGGUGCUCUGCCCCAGCCUGAUGGGGCUCUUGGCAAGCAGCCAAGCCCCGGGCUGCCAGCUCCCAUCAACAACCCCGUCUGUGGCACUCAAGGUCUCGAAAACAAUGUCAGUUCUGGCUCUCAGAAGUCCUCAGAAGACAUCCGCACAGAGGCUCUGGCCAAGGAAAUCGUCCACCAAGACAAAUCCCUGGCAGACAUUUUGGACCCAGACUCCAGAAUGAAGACAACUAUGGACCUAAUGGAAGGUUUGUUUCCCCGAGAUGUUAGCUUGCUGAAAGAGAACAGCACGAAGAGAAAGGCCACGCAGAGGACUGUCACCUGCGCGGGAUACGAAAGCAAGAGGGGUGAAGACAGGGAAGCGGUGGGCGUGUUGGUCAACUGCCCGGCCUACUACCGUGUGUCUGCCCCCAAAGCGGAGCUCCUGAACAAGAUCAAGGCCAUGCCGGCGGACGUGAGCGAGGAGGAGGAGCAGGUGGACGUCAAUGAAAAGAAGGCCGAGCUCAUUGGGAGCCUCACUCACAAGCUUGAGACCCUCUGGGAAGCGAAAGGGAGUCUGCUGAUGGACAUCAAGCUCAAUAAUGCCUUGGGGGAAGAGGUGGAGGCUUUGAUCCAGGAGCUCUGCAAGCCCAACGAGUUUGACAAGUAUAAGAUGUUCAUCGGGGACUUGGACAAGGUGGUCAACCUGCUGCUGUCCCUCUCGGGGCGCCUGGCCCGCGUGGAGAACGUCCUGAGCGGCCUCGGCGAGGAUGCCAGCCGCGAGGAAAGGAGCUCUCUGAGUGAGAAGAAGAAGGUCCUGGCCGGACAGCACGAGGAUGCCCGGGAGCUCAAGGAGAACCUGGACCGCAGGGAGCGUGUGGUGUUGGACAUCCUGGCCAACUACCUCUCCGAGGAGCAACUCCAGGACUACCAGCAUUUCGUGAAAAUGAAGUCGACGCUCCUCAUCGAGCAGCGCAAGCUGGACGACAAGAUCAAGCUGGGCCAGGAGCAAGUCAAGUGUCUGCUGGAGAGUCUCCCCUCGGAUUUCAUCCCCAAGGCGGGGGCCUUGGCUCUGCCCCCAGACCUCGAGGGCCAGACCGCUCCUGCCGCGGGCUGCGCUGGGGGCGGCGUUUUCCCAGCGGUAACCUCUCCACUUUAACCGUCGCCAAGACCCAACCAAAAGAUCCCCCUUUCUCUCGACACUAUUUAAUCUGAAAACUGUCUUAGUACAAACCACUGUUUAAAUUGUAUGGGUCAUUGGGGUUUUUCUGGAUAAAAGGAAAAAAAUUCUAUCCAGGAAAAGGCCUGUCUUUCCUUCUCACCCUCCACGACUGAUCUGAGCGCGCGCGUGCUGCUGGGAACUUACCCCUUUCUGGUCUCACUUUCUAGUAAAAGGAAAAUCAAUGAAACUGUGAGCACUGAUUGGAGGGCAUCUGAUUGUUUAGUUCUUAACAGGCGGAGGCAACGCAGAGUGUGUGUAACGCUCAGGAAUGUAUCCACAGUGGCCUUCCUUGCUUGUGGGCGGUGUGUCCUGACGACAGCUACAAGUACUCACCUGUAUCAUGAAGGGUCUGCAACAUAAAGCCUUAAACACACACACACACACAGGAGAAAACUGUAAAACCUUGAACAUUGUUAUUUAUAUUUUUUAAAAUGAAAAAGAUCAUUAUGUUUGUGUGCUAACCACUUAUCUGAUUCUGUUUUGUGGUGGACGUAGACAAUUGUGUUUGAGCUUUGUAUUUCGUGAAAACCUUAAUGAAAUGAAGAAUUCCAAAGAUA